AGCGUUCCAAGUAACAUAAGUUAAAACACGGGACUAGUGAGCAUUGUAUUAUAUUGCCGGGAAUACCGCAAAACGAUAAUAUGGAUUUCCUUCUCAAGAUUCCAUACGCUUUUCUUCUCUUGUGUGUUGCAUCAGUAUUCAUCUUCAAUGUCUCGAUGGUUGAAUUGCGAAUGGAUGCACCACUCCUUGCACAACCCCCGGUUGGUCCGACCACUUGCCCUGUGCCAAGAAGUCAGUGUGGAACUGAAUGCGAUAGAAGAUGUUCUGCUACAUCUCACAAGAACAAUUGUUUGGAGUUCUGCAAUAUGUGUUGUGAUUGGUGCCAAUGUGUCCCGCCGGGUACUUAUGGGAAUAAGGAAUGUUGUUCCUGCUAUAACGAUUGGAAGACAAAAGAAGGAGGACCCAAAUGUCCUUGACUCUCAUGUUUGAAAUUUUAUUCA